GGGAAGAAGCUGGUCGCCUACUCUAUUAUCAACCAUAUUCAUUGGAAUCUGGAAGCAUUCAUUAGAGAUGCCCACGGGCGAGCUUAGGUACUCAUCGGAAACAUCGGCCAACGACGACGAGGCAUGGGUGUGGGCGCAGAUCAAAGCGGAGGCGCGGCGCGACGCAGAGUCGGAGCCCGCUUUAGCAAGCUAUCUCUACUCCACCAUCCUAUCGCACUCCUCUUUCGAAAGAUCGCUGUCGUUUCAUUUGGGCAACAAAUUAUCCUCCUCCACGCUCCUGUCUACUUUGUUGUAUGAUCUCUUUCUCAACACCUUCUCCUCCGACCCCACGCUCCGUGCCGCCGCCGUCGCUGAUAUUCGUGCCGCGCGUGUCAGAGACCCUGCUUGCGUUUCCUUCUCUCACUGCCUUCUUAAUUACAAGGGCUUCUUGGCAUGUCAGGCUCACCGAAUAGCUCACAAACUGUGGACUGAGUCUCGGAGACCAUUAGCAUUAGCAUUGCACUCGCGAAUUUCUGAUGUAUUUGCUGUUGAUAUACAUCCAGCAGCUAGAAUAGGAAAAGGGAUUUUGCUUGAUCAUGCAACGGGUGUGGUCAUUGGUGAGACAGCAGUGAUUGGCAACAAUGUGUCAAUUUUGCAUCAUGUUACACUUGGUGGUACUGGGAACACAUCUGGUGAUCGGCACCCAAAGAUUGGAGAUGGGGUGCUGAUUGGAGCUGGUGCAACCAUAUUAGGAAACAUUAAGAUUGGGGAUGGUGCAAAAAUUGGGGCUGGGUCUGUGGUACUGAUUGAUGUGCCACCAAGGACCACUGCAGUGGGGAAUCCGGCAAGGCUGGUGGGAGGAAAAGAGAAGCCCUCUAGGCUGGAAGAUAUUCCUGGGGAAUCCAUGGAUCAUACUUCAUUCAUUUCUGAGUGGUCAGAUUAUAUUAUUUGAUCAUAUAUCUGUUUUUAUUCUCUACUAUAUUACGUAUAUUGUAGCGUUGGAUGUCAAACUGCUCUUUCUGUUUCCAUUUCACUGGCUUUAGAGGUUUGUAAUAUGCUUGCGGGGUAUUAAACCAUAUUAAUGGCUUUUGGCCUUGUGAAAUAUUCUGGAACAUAAAUCAUAUUAAUGAGCGCUAUCUGAGUUAUAUUGCUUUCGUUGA